UCCUCCUCUGCUCUUCCCGCUCCGGGUGCGCGCGGAGGCAUCUGGCGCGUGCGCGCGGCGCUGCGUCAGAGCGCGGAGGGCGGCGCGUGGCGGCUCGAGGUGAUUCCCGGGUUUAUAAGCGCCGGAGUUUCUCAGUGCGUCACAACGAGCCGCGCAGCCAGGAUCCCCCGGUCCGGUCCGGUCCGCUCCGCCCGGCGUAGAGAGCCAGGAACCGACCGCCUGUUUUCUGCCAGCGGAGAGUUUUCCUGGUUUUGGACUUUGUUCUGGUUCGGAGCAGAAGCCGUGGUUCUGAUCCGGUUCGGAGGACCCGCAGCAGCUGGAGCAGCUUUAUGGAGGAUCGGAACUUUUGCCACAGAGGAGAUGAAAUCUGCAGAGGAAGAUGCCUUCGGCUUCUCGCCCAGCGUCAGCCUCUCCCUCCCUCUGGGCUCCCAGUUUCUCCAGUCCAGCCCCACCAUUUCCGUGUCCGUGGCGGAGCCUGAGACCUUUGACCCCCGUGACGACCCGCAGUCAGCCGGCUUCUACUCGCCGGUGCGCCCGGACGUCGGCGCAGCACUGGAGGGCCCCCGCAUCGAGAUCACGGCCUAUGGCCAUUCGCCCGAGGACGAGUCGCAGCGGGGCGGCAUCCCGGCCGCCCAGCGGGUCGCCUCCAUCAUGACGCUGCCGCUACCUGGCGCCGACCUCUACCGCGACCCCAGCUGCCUGAGCCCGGCCAGCAGCGUGUCGUCCCGCAGCGGGCUCUCCGACGCCUCUUUCGAGUCCGGCUUCUACAACUACGACAACUCGCCCCAGAACUCGCCCUGGCAGUCCCCCUCCGUGUCCCCGAAGGGCUCCACCCUGGCCCUGCCAGAGGACGGCGCCACCUCCCCCCGCGCCGAUGCGACAGCUGACGGCUGGACCGCGCCACAGGGGUCCAGGCCCAGCUCGCCCUGCCGAGCCAAGAGGAAGUACAGUCUGAACGGCUUCCCGUCGCCCCCCGACCCCUCGCCCCGCGCCUCGCCCCGCCUCAGCCUGACGGAGGACAGCUGGCUACCCAACACCAACCAGUACACCAACUCCGCCAUCUUGGCCGCCAUCAACGCCCUCUCCACCGAUGGCAUGGCCGACCUCGGCGACGGCGUCCCCUUAAAGGCCCGGAGAACCAGCCUGGAGCUCAGCCCCACGGUCAGCCUGAAGCUGGAGCCCGGGGGGGCGGAGCCACAGCAGGACGAACGCCCUGCCAGCCGCCCGGCCCUGAAGAAGGAAAGCUACUUCCUGGACGUUCCUCAGAACCCGUUCAGCUGGACGAAGCCCAAGCAGUUCUUCAGCCCGUCUCUGCCGGCGCUGGACUGGCAGCUGCCCAGCAGCUCCGGCGCCUUCAGCCUGCAGAUCCACGUCCAGCCCAAGUCGCACCACCGGGCGCACUACGAGACGGAGGGCAGCCGCGGCGCGGUGAAGGCGCUGGCCGGCGGACACCCGGCGGUCCAGCUCCACGGCUACAUGGAGAGCGAACCUCUGACCCUACAGCUCUUCAUCGGCACGGCUGACGACCGGCUGCUGAGGCCCCACGCCUUCUAUCAGGUCCACCGCAUCACGGGAAAGACGGUCUCCACGCCGAGCCACGAGGUCCUGCACAACAACACCAAGGUGCUGGAGAUCCCGCUGCUGCCGGAGAACGACAUGCGCGCCAUAAUCGACUGUGCGGGAAUCCUGAAGCUCCGUAACUCCGACAUCGAGCUGAGGAAGGGCGAAACGGACAUCGGCCGGAAGAACACGCGCGUUCGGAUGGUGUUCCGGGUUCACGUCACCCAGCCGGGCGGCAGGACCGUCUCUCUGCAGGUCGCAUCCAACCCCAUCGAGUGCUCCCAGAGAUCGGCGCAGGAGCUGCCGCUGGUGGACGAGCAGAGCCUGGAGUCGAGCCCCGCCCCCGGGGGGGGCACCAUGGUGCUGGACGGACACAACUUCCAGCACGACUCCAAGGUGCUGUUUGUGGAAAAGGCUCAAGACGGCCACCAUGUCUGGGAGAGCGAGGCCGCGGUGGAGAGAGACCCGCUGAGACCGAACUCGCUGCUGGUUGAAAUCCCGCCGUACCGGACGCAGCGCCUCUCCGCCCCCGUUCACGUCAACUUCUACGUCAGCAACGGCAAGAGGAAGCGGAGUCAGCUGCAGCGCUUCUCCUACGUUCCCACCAACGUUCCGACGAUAAAGACGGAGCCGCAUGACGACUACGGCGCCGCUCUGCUGUGCAGCCAGCAUGCGCCGCUGCACCCGAAGCCACAUUACGGUGCCCAGGUCGCCACCCCGGUGACCUCUCACCUCAGGCCGUGCGUUGUGGGCGGGGCUUACGGCGGCUCGCCCGCCUCCAGCCCCAAACUGCAGGAUCUGUCUCCGUUCUCCAGGCCGCCGGCCGCCCACGCCUCCAUCAUCCAGGAAGUUCCCCGCCGUCCCCCCUCGCCUGCAGACUCUCCGACCCCGACCUCGACCCCGAACCCGUUCCCCCAGAACCCGGCCCGGCCCGCCAGCCCACCGGAGGUUCCUGAACCUGCAGGGCGGGUCCGGGAGGUGGACGUCAGCAUCAAGGAAGAGCCGCAGGAGCUGGACCAGAUGUACCUGGAUGACGUCAACGAGGUCAUCAGGAACGACCUGAGCAGCGACCCCGCCCACAGCCGCGCCUAGGCCCCGCCCACGGCCGCGCCUAAGCCCCGCCCACAGACACAUAGAGUAGACUUAGGGUUUCUCACCCUGCCCAUCCUGACAUCAUGCUCCCCCUGCAGCCUGCAGGAGGAAAUGUGACCAGGGUCCAAAUGUGCCUUCAGGUUCGGAUCUUCCAUGUUUUCCGGUUGGUUUUUCCCAAAUCCAGUCUGUGAGCGACCGGUCCUCACAGCGGAGGAUUCUUUCUGAAGCGGUUUUUGUCGCAGCGCAGUGAAAAGUGCCUUUAAAUUGAAAACUGGGAGAAACAAACUGAACAGUUCCUGUUUGGAUCAACAGAACCUCAGUUCUUCUGAACAUCAGUUUUCUUAGAACUUUUUAGUUCCUGCUGCCGCCAUGUUUGUUUCGUCUGCUGGGAACUAAAAAACGGGAAGAAAAAAGUUUUUUAUCCCUUUAAGUUUCCCUUCAGCACCAAAACACAAGAGAAGCCGUCCAAUCAGGGCUCAGUGUCCACAAUGAAACACGCAUGGUCCGUCCAACACAAACUGGCCUCCUUUGCACAUGUUGGUGUCGCCCUCUGCUGGCUGGUAGGCAGAAUGCAGCUGCAGAGGAAACUAAAUAAUAAAACUUUUAUUAACUGAUUUAAAACUUCACUAAACUUUGUAACAAAUCCAGAAAUUCAAACAUAAAAAAGUUUUGUAAACAAUAAUUCUCAGUCAAAAUACUAAAACUAAUUCAUUUGAACUAAAUUCAAAAUAAAACAGAUGCCUUUUAUGUUUGCUUCUUUAUUUAUUUAAAUCUGUUUUGUGGAUUAAAAUAAUUUAUCUGUGAUGAAACUAAUCAAGCAAUAAUUUACUUUUCAGGAAUCUUGGAAUUUGUUUCUAUAACAAGCUGAUCAUUUUAAAUGGACUGUUGAUUUUUAGAUCUUUUAAUUAGAUUUCCUGAUCAAAUCCAUUUAUUGACAUCAGGGUUUGAAUAUUUUUGCACAGAUCUGAAGGUUUCUGCACUUUCUUGUCCUUCAGUCUGUUUUUCUACCAACCUGCAUUUUUAUACUUUUCACAUCAUUUCAAAACUUCAAAGCUGCAAAGUUUUAAAAUGUUUAAACUUUAUUUUUGUUUCUUUUCUCUGAAUUUGUGAGUUUCUGGGAUGAAUCUGGUUUUAAUGAUUGAAUCUGUUUGCACUGAAGCAGUUAGUGACAUGACCUUUACCAGCCACCGUACUCCGCUUUGCUUUUUCUCCUGUACAUCUUCUAACAGGAAGAGGAAGUGAUGUCAUACGUGGAUUUCAAACUGAUUCUUUAAAACUUGACCUGCUGCUUUUCUAACAGCUGAUCUGGAGAUUUUUCGAAGCAAACGGAGGUUUAAAUUCUUCAUGUUUAUCAUCCUGUAUUUAUGAGUUUUAUUCUGUUUAAUGUUUCUGAUUCAAUAAAAACUAAUUCAUGUUUCAUCUGAACUUUUCCUCCGUUUGUCGGCUCUUUGAGUCGAUUCUUUAGUUGGAGUCGGUUUCUUUCUCAUCAAGCUGCACGUUUGUUUGAUGCAAAGCUCAGCUGAUUUAUUGGCAAAAUAAAAACGGUUGAAAAUAGAAUUUCAAUAAACCCUCAAAUGAUCUAAAUGUGAAUAAAGAUGUAAAUUUAUCUUGAAUAUUUGAGAAACAUUUAAUUCCUUUUGUGAUCAAAGGUAUUUUUGAAUUGAAUUCAUAUCAAUCCUGAUUGUAAUAAAUCCUUAAUUAAUGGUCGAUCAUUUUAACAAAUUUUAUAUUUUCAUUUAAUUUCUGAAAACUUUCAUUUUAUUUCAUACAUAUAGAAAAUGUGUCAGUUUUCUAAAACCUAAACAAAAAUGUUUUCAGCCUGAAAUAAUUUUGUGCAGAAGCUGAAACGCUAAACAUUUAUUUAUGUUUAGAUGAAAACAUUUUUCAGAUUCUGAGGUUUUUUUUGUUUUGUGAUCCACUUUGAUCCUGAUCAGCUGAUCGAUCCGCCAUAAUCAGAAACUAGUUUCUCCUCGGAACCGGACAGCGUUCGGUCCGGUUCUGAUCGGGUAGAACGCUGCGACGUCUGACUUUGGAGCAACAAGGAAGUGGAAGAACGAGAAAGGAAACUUCUCUCCUGAUCAUGUUGGAUUUCCUGCAGCAGGAACCAAAAUUCAGACAUUUCUCUGGAUGAAACUCAGGAUCCGUGUUUGUCUUUUAGAAAUGCUUCUUGUCACAAGAUGAUUUCAUGUUUUGCUGUUUUGAAAAUCAGGUGUGUUGAUGUUGCUCAGCUCUUCAGGAAACCAGGAUCGGAUUGAACUCGAUCCGGUUUCAGCCUCCAACGCCGUCGGUAAGUUUGAGCUCAUUUUCAUCUUCAGAUGGUUUUAAUCACUUUUGUUUUUGAUCAGGAGUUCAGGCUGUUUAUUUCAGAUAACUUCUCUCUCCAUCCCAUAAUCCUCCCAGAAUAAACAGAAAAGCUUCCUUGUUAAUUUGUUUCCUCUGGUUUGGAUGCUGAGCAGCUGGAAGGAUUUUCGCUCUAACGUUUUACUUUCACACAGUUGUCAUGAUGUGUAACCAUAGCAACAAGGUCUUAUUUUUCAACCGAGAUCAGCUGAGUAACAUUGCAAAAGCUCCAGUGACCUUCAGCUCUGCUGUGUUCCUGGUUUCAGCGGGAGGAGAUGGAGUCCGACACCAACCGCUCCAACUGGAGGAGCGGAGGAAUGUUUGCUGGAAGGACGAUACCUGGUAACUCUGGCUCUGAUCAACGUCUUCACCUUCGUCGUCGGCCAGCCGAUAACAACCAAGCUGCUGUGGAUCUCCUUCACCGCCAACAAGGCCGCAGAUAUCCUCAACUGCAACUUGGCGUGUUUCAACAGCUUCCGGUACCUGGUCUUCCUCUUCCUGUACCUCCGCCACCAGUCCGCCAUGCUCUCCGUCAUCCUGAGCUACAGCCAGGUCAGCGGCCCCAUGAGUUUGUGCUGGUCUGCUCUGCUCGCUGUCUGUCGCCAUGACGACCACGCUGGUCAGCGACAACACGUCCUCGCAGAUAAAAAGCGUCCCGUUCGCAGCAAUGGUGCUCCUGACCCACCUGAUGGUGUGGGCCACUGCCGGGAUCGCCCGGGCGCUCAGGACGUCCAGCCCCGGCCGGGACCGGCUGCAUCGGGUCAAGAGGAAGGCCUUCCGGACCGUCUGCGCCACCACGGCCGUCAACCUGCAUGCAUGCAACCGCCAUGCAGAAGUGUACUUGUUCCAGAUUCAGGACCAGCAGCUGUUCAGCUGCGUCCUCACGCCCAUCUUCGUCCUGCUGCCGUCUGCUGCCCGCUGUUCUACCUCUCCACCAAAGGGGGCGCUCAUCUGCGUCAAGAGGAAGAACAAGUGACGGCUGACCGACGCAGAGAAUGCUGGGAGUUUUCUCAGACUGCGCUAGAUGUUCAACUGAUGGAGAAAAGAAGAAACCACGUGUCAUUUUAUCCAGUCUUACAAAGUUGACGUUUUAUUUUUGUUUCAAAAGUAACUUCAGCAAAUCCAACAACUGAGGUUACACUGAUGGACCAGAAAGAGACAAAACACAGAAUAUUGAUUUUAAAAUGUUAUGAGAAUUAUUCAUUUUUUUCACCAAACUCAGAUUCUUUAGAGAUGCAAUGAAGAAACUGAAAGAAAAGCUUUGAAGGUGACUCAGUGAGAUUUUUAUUUAUUGUCAUAAAGCAAACAAUGAAAUGAAAAUAAAUGCAGUUAAAA